AUGUAUAGACCGACCUCGAGAAAUGAAUGGUGGCUGUGUAUCGUGUUGUUCACGCAGGCUAUCUUGACCAUUGCCCUUGAGAUCUAUAUACUCGUGGAAUGGCAGCUAUGGGUUACUCCCACCAUUGUCCAGGUGCCAGUCUCCUACAUGAUCCCAAUCAAUCUAGGGAUUUUAAUAUUCGCCGCGGUCUACGAGUUCAUCCUUGCCCUGGAUGCGAUCCAUCACAAGAAUAAUGUUCUUCUUUUUUCAAUCUGCAUCUGCAAUGUCUGCAGUUUUGUGUACUCUGUUAUGCAGUACACUUCGAUGAAAGAAACCACCACGAGGUUGUAUGACCAGCGUCAUGGGUUUCCGACUCUGGUAGAUCCCACUCACAACGUUUGGCCCCAGAUCAAGCCAGCGGAGAUCCUAGUGUCAAUUAUUACAGGAUUGUGCACUCUACUUCUAUCUUCGUUUGUAUACUUUUUGCAUAGGGAGUAUUCAUGGGUCAUCUACAAGUCUGUUCAUGGCAGCUCGAAAACACGAAUGCGUUAUCUGUUCUACGAGAUCUUCCUGGUCCUGAUAAAACUUCUCUUUUAUUUCCUAUUGGGUUUCAUCAUCCAAUACAACCUGGUGUAUGUCCACUUUGCUGAACCGGAGUACACUCUCACAAUGCUCCUCAUUCCGGUCGCUUUCAUCAUUAUGCUACUUGGUAUUUGGGUUGUCCAACACGAACGAAUCAUUGGUGUGGUUGGUAUCAUUAUAUGCUACCUCGGUCUACUCGCAUAUCUCAUCAGCCGCAUCAUUUUCCUCGGUGGGGCUCGCACCUCUGGGAAGGACAUGAUGUUGUUCUUUGCCUCGGUAUCUGUGGUGCUGACUUCUGCAACGAUUUUCUGCGCCAUUAUUUGCGUCAAAAACUUUGAUCGAGGCUUUAAAGUCAUCAAUCAAUCGAAGAACGGCCAUGCACAAGAGUCAUAUUCCACACCCACCGGAUAUUCCCUAGCAGAGCCGUCUCGUUCCCUUUCGCGUCCUUCCUCACGGCUCACACUUGAUUAA